ACAAUAUUUUUUAGCAAAAAUUAAAGAUGGAUUUAGAAACUUGAAAGAUUUAGAGUAAAUUCUGAUUGUCGUAAAACAAGGGAAAUUACUCUGAAUUUACUUUUGAUACCAGCAUGUGUGAUGCAAGCAUCCCAUCAAAAGUUGAACAGUAUGAGCAGUUUCUAAAUGAAAGAUUGAAGACAGACCUAAGUCAAGUAUUAGAUCAGAGAGACAAAUUAUAUGGAGAAGUGGCAGAAUAUUUACAGCUAAAGACUGUCAUCGAAAGAGUAAAGGAGUCAGAUUACAAAGCAGAAGGUUUGAAAACCCAAGUGGAUCUAGGUUGUAACUUCUAUGUACAAGCACAUGUUCCAGAUGCCUCCAUGAUUUUUGUGAGCGUGGGUUAUGGAUUUUUCCUGGAAAUGACACAUGAUGAGGCGCUGAGCUUUAUUGACAAGAAAGUCUCCAUAAUAAACGACAAGAUAGACGUUUUCACCAAAGACGCUGCCAAAAUAAAGGCCCAUAUUAAGCUUGUUUUACAGGGUUUACAAGAGAUACAGAAUCUAGAUUUUGAAACAGAAAAACCUUAUAGAGAUGUGUUAAGUUGAAAGAACACUCCAAGACUUGAAAAGAUCUACCCCAUGUUAAAGAUGACCAUGCCUUACGUCUAGAGGCAAGCCAUGAAGGCUGAUUGGACGAAAGAACAGACAUUGAUCAAGUCGAAGAGCAAUGAAUUAACAAAAGAUUGUA